UCAACAAUUCUAUUUUUUCUGAUAUCGAUGAACAUUUACUUGAUUCAAAUCAAGAAUACCCACUUUCAAAUAAUCAAGAAAUCACUUUAUCGGAAAUUGUUGAACAGGCGAAUAAUACUCUUACAAUUUUGGAUAUUAUUGAUCUUACCAAAUUAUCACUUGAAACUGAUAGUUAA